AUGGACCCCCAACGCCCCUUGUUCGACGCCACGCCCCUGGCGCCCCCCUUUUCAGGUGGGGCUGUCGCGGGGCGGACCGCUGCAGAGUUCUUUGCCGGGGUCGGGCUCGCGCGGAUGGGGCUCGAGCGGGCCGGCUGGGAAGUGGUCUUCGCCAACGACAUCGAGCCCGCCAAGCGACGGAUGCACGACGGCCACUUCGGCCCGUCGCCCCACUACCACGUCGGCGACAUCCACGACUUGGCCCGCGACCCGGCGCAGUCGUCGGCGUUCUGGGGCUGGAUCGAGCUGUUGCGCGCGAUGAGCGUUGAGCAACGCCCCAAACUGCUCCUCGUCGAAAACGUCACCGGGCUCUUGUCGUCGCACAACGGCGCCGACUUCCGCGCCCUCGUCGCCGCGAUCAACGACCUUGGCUACGCCGCCGACGCGAUGAUGGUGGACGCCGCCCACUUCACCCCACAGAGCCGGCCCAGGCUCUUUGUGAUCGGCGUAGCUAGUGGAUUCGAGACGCGCGCGUAUCCCCCUCCCCCUUGUGGGGAGCCAGCUUUCUCAGAAAAGGGGGGGGAGGGGGGCGAAGUGGGUACACGCCCAACUAGAGAUGAAGCCGGCGCGCGCUCAACAGGAGAAGAAACCUGGUACCCGGGUUCUUCACCCCUCCCCGACCCUCCCCAUCAAGGGGAGGGAGACUCGGUGGCGUCCGUUAGGAGGGGCCUCAGCGUUAACGACCUUCAACCCUCCACCGUCCGCCCCGCCAAACUCGUCGAAGCCAUCCGCGCCAGCGCCGACCUCGACUGGGACCUCUGGGACCUCCCCGAGCCGCCCCCCUACGGCGUCGUCCAGCUCGAAGAAGUCCUCGACCGCUUGCCGGGCGACUCGCCGCAGUGGUGGAGCACCGAGCGCGCGGCGUAUCUGCUCAACCAGAUGAGCGACCGCCACCGCCAGACGGCCGAUACGAUGAUCGCUGGCAAGAAGGUCUCGUACGGCGCCGUGUUUCGUCGUGUCCGCAACGGGCGCUCGAUGGCCGAGCUACGCACCGAUGGAUUGGCGGGCUGCCUACGGACUCCCAAGGGGGGCAGCG